UUUUAGGCGAGGCGCCACAUCCAGUUCCACGGACGCUGCGCAGCUCCGCCGCUCGAUCCAACCCAACAUGAAUUCCGCUUCAAUACACUGUAUUCGUUCAGCUCUUGCGGUGGACGUGCCAACUGCAAAUGUGAUCCAGCCUUAAUUCGUGAUUGUGGACUGUUGAGGUGUUCAAACGCAGCCAGUGUUAAGUUGGUUCGGCUCUCUGAAUGCGUCACAGAGCUGUCUGCCGGAAAGAUGGCUGCAUGUGGGAAUUCUAGGUGAUCUUGCAGGUGCUUCGCUUCUUCGAAUUUCGGCUACAGUAAAUCGUACCGUUGUUUGAGUAGGGGUGCAUGCGUUAGACAGACACCGAAUGAUCUUAAGUGUAGACAGGAUUGGAGACGAGUCUGCUUGAACCUGGAGAUAUGUUGACCAGUUGAUGCGGAAUAUUGCUUCAAUCACAUUCUUCAAGCCUGGACGCGAUACAAGGAGUGUCUUAACUGCAUAAGACAUCCCGCGCAAAGAGGAGAAGUCGAAGCUGGAGGCGAGAGGUGAAUAUUGAGCGUCUGGAAGAUCAUUCAAGUUUUCUGUGGGUAAUCUACAGGUUUCUUGUCGAGAGGAGGACUAAGGGCAGUAGUUAUACCGAUUGAAACUACCUUGAAAUGCAGGCACUAAACAGGCAGGCGUCAUGCAUGAGCGGAGUGGCGCACGAAGAUGCAACGGCCAUAGACAAUGUUAACUUGUACGAGAAGCUCGGCUUCGACACUUUUGUCAAGCUCUCCACCAAUUUUUACAACGAGGUUUACAAUGACGAUCAACAGUGGUUUCGGUCAAUAUUUGCAAAUUCUACUAAAGAUGAUGCCAUUCAAAACCAGUAUGAGUUUUUCAUUCAGCGAAUGGGUGGACCACCUCUUUACGCCCAUAGAAAAGGGAGCACGGCGCUGAUUGCAAGACACGGACCUUACCCCAUAACAGAGAGAGCUGCAGCCCGGUGGUUGUUUCAUAUGAAAACAGCUCUUGACAAGUCCCCUGAAAUCGACUUAGACUCCAAGACCCGGAUGUUCAACUUCUUCAAACAUACUGCGUUCUUUCUGGUGGCAGGAAAAGAGCUGACAAACCACCAUCGGCUGGUGGGAAAUUACGGUGUGGGUGGCAGGCACAUGGGCCGUGCUUAACAGCUUACAAACCAUUAAAAACGAUGGCAGUGCUAGAUCGAUUCCACGAAUCUUCCUCUGUACAUAUCUUCACAGGAGCAGGCAAUUCUAUUCACAUUGCCCAGUAGACCUUCUGUCAAUUUUGUUUACGGAUUGGAGCACUGAACUGGCACACAAAAUUGUACUCUAUUCUAGAUUCAAUGUAUUCCAUCCUUUUGUGGGAAUGCUCCCGUA